CGACCCUAUGUUGAUAAACAAGGCGCGAUCAAACUUGCAGAUUUAUUGUUUGGUCUUCGUAUUUCCGACCUUUCACAUGCCAAGGAGUUUGUCAGUUACGACGACCGGAAUUUCUAUUUGAAAGGUGUUUUGCUUAGCCAAGAGAACAAACAAGGGAAUUCCAGUGAAGAUGAAUUCGUGUUGAAGAUAUUAAACCACGUCGAUUCACAAAACAUUUCAUACGUUAAUGCACAAAACGCGCUUUUGCUUCAUUUGAAAGAACAUGGCUUUGUUUGCCCAGUUCCAAUGAAGUCGUUAAGUGGUGAACUCACAAUGGAAUGCCAGUUGUCCUCUUAUGGUUUAAGUGGUAGUAAAGAAAACGCCAAAAUACAGGAGAUCCCACGGGAAAUUAACGCCGUUCGACUUCUGAGCUACGUGCCCGGGAAGCUUCUGAAAGAUGUUCGUUGCACGAAUGAUCUCCUCUUCAAUCUGGGUCGUUACAUCGCGAAGAUGAAUAAAGCUUUGCAGGUAAAAUACGUUUUUUAUACGCAGUGCGGUUCGCUAUAAAGUUUUGCGUCGAUCAGAUUGAAACUUCAACAUUCCUCUCGCCACAAAGUGGUGUUUUUUGACACCCCGGGUGACUAUUUAGCAAUUAUUUCUCGAGCACGAAUGGGCUCUGAGUGAAUAGCCCACGAGGCCGAAGGUCUCAAUGAUGACCCUAUUUAAUAGGUUAUUUUGCUAAAACAAUAAGCCAUUUGCACUAAUAGGUUAUUGCCUUAGAAAAACGAUUAGCGGGUCAUAUCUUAAAUUAAAUAAUAUUGAUUUGGUUUUUCAAAUCAUUCUGAGAAACGUAUCGCUCCAAUUCACAGGAAUUGUUUACCUUCAUUUGCAUUAAUUUGUACUCAUCGCUUGCAAAAACGUGGCUUUCAAUACGAGCAGGAUAUCUCCCGGGCUUUAAGUUUUCCUCGUGUGUUCUUUAGAUUUUCCUUCUGAAUCCGAUUGACUGCAAACAAAAUAGCCUCGAUCCGAGGGACAAACUUGAAAUCAAGGCAAAUGCAGUGAUAAACUUACAUACAAACAUAUUUACAUCCAAGAUAGCUCAAAAGCGGAUGGCAUCGGGCACAGGCAACCCAGGCUGGUCACGUACGCGACUGAAUUAGUGUGCUGCGAAGCCUGGUGUCUUUGCAGCAAGAAUAAGGCUGGUUACCGGCUCAAAGUGGUGUUGUGUUCACACCUCAGGUACCAAAUAUGAAAUUGAGUGCAUGUCUGCCCCAUUUUGCCUUGUCAAAGGCUACUUCGAAAUGUGACUUAUUGGUAUUCAAAGAAGUGGAUUGGUAUUAAGCAGAAACACGGACAUUCAGGUCCCUAGUGCUAGUCCAAAUAAUUUGUGGAAUGGGUAUUUGAAGAAAGGAUGUGUUCACAUUAGUGCCUAGUGAGUAAAGACAUGCCUGGGUACCUAGUGUGAACUACAUGUUUCAUUGAACUGUCAAGUGUCUAUUUGUAUUGCUAAUAGCAUGAUUUGUAGUGAUAUUUAGCAUAAAAACCACGAGUGAUAUUUCAAAAUUGUUAUACAAAAUUAUAAAUUUGAAACAAUUUUGAAAUAUCAGGAGUGGUAUUUAUGCCAAAUAUCACAUGCAAAUCAUGCUAUUAUUUGUUUAUACUACUACCCACACAAGGUUUGUUAUUUUCACAUGUAGGUAUUUCAAAUUAAGCUGAAAUACCACUGUUCUAAGCCAAUCAAACUGCAGAAAUUUCUAACGUAGCAGUAUAAACAGUGGAAUGUCAAUAUAACAAAGGGCCAAGGGACUGACAAAAUUGUUCGCUAUAAAGAGGUUUCAUUAUAUCAACGUUCUUUUUCAUAUGUUUUACUACUACAGGGGUAAUGAAAGUCAUUCAUUACACCAAGGACUUAGUUAUAUAGAGGUUCGUUAUAUCGAGGUUCCACUAUACAUGGUUGUUACAUGUCAGGAAAUGGUCAGCCAAAACAAUUCUUCAAGGUCAGGGAAAAGUCAGGGAAUUUCACUUUCUAGUUAGAGAAAAUUUGAAUCUUUGAAAGAGGUCUGUCGUGGAAAAAUGAAAUUUUAAGAGUACAUCUUUUCGCGCCAAUGUUAUUUUGUUCUAACACAUAAAAUUCUGAAAAUGAAGAAAUGAUCGCCGCAGUGAACGCAAUUUAUGCAAUUGCGUAAAGAAGCCUUCAGGACUUCAACGGGGUUUGAACCUGUGACCUCGUGAUACCGGUGUGAUGCUCUACCAACUGAGCUAUGAAGCCACUGAUGUUGGGAGCAGGUCAAUUGUGGGUUCAUAUGUUCCCGUGAAAGAAAUGAGUGUUAAUGAUGUAUGAAAUAAAUCAUAUAUGAACUGCGGAAAUGAAAUGAAAAUGAAGAAAUGAUUGUUGCAGUGAACACAAUUUAUGCAAUUGCAUAAAGAAGCCUGAAAAAAAAAUUCAGGACUUCAACGGGGUUUGAACCCGUGACCUCGCGAUUUUUCAGGCUUCUUUACACAAUUGCAUAAAUUGCGUUCACUGUGACGAUCAUUUCUUCAUUUUCAUUUCAUUUCCAAAGUUCAUAUAUGAUUUAUUUCAUAUAUCAUUAACACUCAUUUCUUUCACAGGAACAUAUGAACCCACAAUUGACCUGCUCUUAACGUCAGUGGCUUCAUAGCUCAGUUGGCAGAGCAUCCUGCCGGUAUCGCAAGGUCACGGGUUCAAACCCUGUUGAAGUCCUGAAUUUUUUUCAGGCUUCUUUACGCAAUUGCAUAAAUUGCAUCCACUGCGACGAUCAUUUCUUCAUUUUCAUUUCAUUUCCACAGUACAUAUAUGAGUUAUUUCAUAUAUCAUUAACACUUAAAAUUCUUUUGUACAUUUUAUGAAAAUAAAUCAUGAUGUAUUGUUAGUUUAUUGUUCAUGAAAUUGAACAACAAGUUAUGUUAAAGAACUUUCAAUUCAUAUACACUGUAAAUAACUUGCUGAAAGUAUAAAUAAAUGGGUGGAAGGGAUGGCUGUAAGGAAAGGGUUGAGUCCAUUGUCAGGGCUAAUUGAUAAACUCUUUAUUCAGUUGGUCAGGGAAAUUUUAUAUUUUUUAGGAAAAAGUCAGGGAAAAAUCUGGGAAUUUCAGAAACCUCUCACCGCAACCAUGAUUUAGUGUCUGUACAUGCAAGAGAAAUGCACUCAAAAAGGUUUUUUCUGUCUAGUCGGUUGAAACCUGAGUUUUUUUUGGAUGUCAAUCAAGUGCUAUCAUGGAUUUUCCCACCCUCUGCUGGUGAAUUCUUCUCAAAGAGCAAAGGCAAAGAGCUCAGGAUUCUCUCCGAUAGCAUGAUGAAUGAUAAGAAGUUCUAGGAGUUAACGCUAACAUUCACACAAAUAUUCCCUCUCUGAAAACAGUCUUAUUUCAAAGGACAACUUUUUUUGUUGUUCAAUACUACAGAAAGUUAUUCAUGACAACCCCUUUCACUUCAAGCAUGCCUUUAGGACCCUUUAGAUUAUAGUCAUUGUAUACCACUUUUGCCUUCUACUGUAUAGUGAUAAAAUGUUUGACUAAUGCAGGGUUUGUGGUUUUAUCCAGAGUUUUCAACAUGUGGGCCUUACUGGUCUAGUCAAACAAGAAUGGGACUUGGCUCAGUUAACUAACCUUGAAAGUUACAUAUCUGUUGCAAGCCAGGGUGUUAAAGACUCAAAACCACUUCAAGAUGUCUUCAACAUAUUUGUCAAUAGAGUCAUCCCAAGGCUUGUUAAUCUAGAUAAACAUGUAAUCCAUGGUGACCUCAAUGAUCAGAACAUACUGGUCGCUCCAAGUCAGCGUGGUGAUAUUCAUGAAAUAGCAGGUAUACUUGAUUUUGGGGAUACCUCAGAUUCCUACAGAGUGUUUGAAGUUGCCAUAUGCAUGAUGUACAUGAUAAUGCUCCGAGUGCAACAAGGUGAUACGCAUCAAGAAGCAAUCAGAUCUGCCGGCCACUUGUUGAGAGGUUAUCAAAGUGUUUACAGCCUCUCUCACUCUGAACUUGACCUCUUGUAUUGGUCAGUUGCCGCUAGGUUCCUUCAGUCUUGUGUGAUAGGAAUAUAUAAACAAUCUCUUGAACCAGAGAAUGAAUACUUGAGCCAAACUUAUCACUUAGGAUAUAAAGUUCUUUCUUCGUACAUUGCCUCUUCAGAAGAAGAAACGCUUAAUUCUUGGUUUUCAACUUAAAUUAAUAGUAGGGAUGUUUUAGCCUUCGUUUUUUGGUAGGAAUACAUGAAUGCUGAUGACCUCAUAGCCAUUUGUCUUUAUCUCAUGAAUAAAUUGCAGUGGAAUUUCAUUAAGAUUUAGUCAUGUGCUAUUUUUUUGGUGGUCUAACCGGUUGGACAGGUUGUUUAGUUAUUUUUAGGUCGAUGAAUAUAAAAUAAGAAAAGUGUUUAUUGUUUUCCCACCACCACCACCAAAUAGACAGGUUAUAUAAAUGGCCCGUAAUUCCUUUUCUUCCUUUGGCCUGAUUUUGGCUAUUUUGGCUUGAAUUGGGCUUUUUGGGCCUGGUUUUGGCCUGUUUGACCUUCUCUUUAAGCAGUCUAUUUGAUGGUGGUGGUGGUAAAGCAAUAGAAAUGUGGUGUUGAUGUUGGUGGACGUUAAAUAAGAAAAGGGUUGAUGGUGGUGGAGGAGAGAAAACAAUAGAAAUGUAAUGGUGGUGGUGGUGGAGGAGGGAAAACAAAAGAAUUAUGGUGGUGGGGGAAGUUAAACAAAAAAGGGUUGGUGGUGGUGCUGGAGGGAAAACAGUGGAUACGUGAUGGUGGUGGUGGAGGGAAAACAAUAGAAAUGUGAUGGUGGUGAUGAUGGAGGUAAAACAAUAGAAAUGCCAUGGUGGUGGCAGUGGAGAGAAAAUAGUAAAUGUGAGUGAAGGCAAAAUAACUAAAUUGUGUAGGAGAAGGAAGGGGAGUGGGAUAAGUAAAAAUGUGUUUAGUGCUAAAAAGUGCAAGUUUCCUUCAAAGUCAUUUAUAUGCACGAUUUGCGCGCCAUGAAUCAGUGAACUGGAAUUUGAACAACUUUUUGUCUGCAAUGGACAAUUAAAGGUGCAGAAAAUAGAACUUGCAUAAAUACGUUACGGUUCAGUGAUUUUGGGUCACAGGCGAGUAAACAAUCAUUCCUUCAGCAACAUGAAUCAACCAAUGGACUCUUGUUAACGAAGACAUCCAUCAACCUAAAAAUAACUGAAUAUCAUACGACGCCAUCAGCGUUCAGGUAUUUCUGCCCUGGUUAAUGAGAUUCCUGCCGAAAAGCAAGGCCUAAAACACCCCUACUAUACAACUAGUCUAGUUAGCAAAGAAUUACUAUGCGAUGGACUUCUGAUCAUGAGUGUCUGACUUUAGAAAAAGGCUGGUUCAUUAAACCUUUGAUCUUCAAACUGUUUUCAGUCUAAUUAUGAUCUAUAUAUCUUUUUAAAAGAAGUUUACAAAGGCAACAUAAGCUUCUUUCACGUUUUAAAUUAUGAUCGGUAAUUUAAAAAUUAGAAAAUUCUAAAAUACCUUCAUAUUUAUCACUAAGAAGCGGCUGUUAUUAUAACGGAGCUCCUCACGCUCGCGAACCCCACGAAGCCCCAUAGCUGCGUUCGCCUGCGUAGCUGGCGGGAUUAGCGUGCGAGUGCAGUAGUUUUUUGGCGCCGGACCCACGUGAAGAUUGGGAGCAAGUUAAAUUGAAAUCCCGGCAGCCCUAAUUUGGUAUUUUGAAUAGUCCGACAACCAGGCGUACGGGAGUUUCUGAUUGGCUGAGAGGCGAUAAAACGUCAAUCAAAUGUUAAUGUAAAUCUCUAGCCAAGGGAAAGUUGACCAAAGUUAGUGCGAUCACGAGGAAAGGAAAUAAAAUUGAGCAAGCUAACAGGCUCAUUCCACCAUACGAUUUGCGGUUGAACUCCUCGAAAGACAUUUUUUUACGGAAAUAGAUCUCAAAAUUUUAUAAGACACGUCUUCUGCUAUCCUUUAUUCAGAAAGGGCUGAAACUAAUCUCGUUUUUAGCCUGCGAGCAAGCUCUCCUACUGGGCACUAAGAGAGGUGAGCCUCGCGAGAUCGCCGCUCGCUCGCGCGUUCUCGCUUCACUCGCCCAAAUAGGAGAGCUUGCUCGCAGGCUAUCUCGUUUUUCGAGAGGAAAUUGGCUCAAAAACAAAAGCGCAUGAGAUAAUAUUGCCUUUUGUCACGCAGCACAAACUCCCUGAUCAAGCAUCAAAUAUCAAAGAAGCGCUUGAUCAUCGAAAAUUGGCGCCUUAGAAAAGCGGGUGGAGUAUGCCGUGGAGGACUCUUCGUUUUGACUGAGCAAAUAUUAUCUUUGCCGACUGAGAAGUCAUGAGGCCGAUGCCUGUGUAUUGAUUUCCUGUGGUUUUUGUCCCUGACAGAAUUUGACCUCUGAGACAGUUUUGGGCAGCCUAGUCCCUAGGCGUUCUCGGCGCGGUCAAUCCUGGACUCUACCGUGAGCUGUGACGUCACCGAGAGAUACUCGCCGCUCUUUCCCAGACUUCGCGCGGAUAACGGACCAAGAGAGAACGAUUUGGGACUAGGAAGCGCUAAGCUUUUUAUUGCGGCUAAAUGACCGUUUAAUAAAGGUUUUAGUUUCUUCAGUUGGAGUAACUGCAGAAUACCCCGACUGGAUCCUCAAUAACUUGCUACACAGUAGUUGUUUUGUCCGUGACUUGAUUUUCGGCUAAUGUUUUGUCACGCUUGGACUGGCUCGUUUGCAGUUCAGUUUCGUAUUACACCGCUCUUCCUGAUUGGGUGAUCAAAUAGUUCCAACCAAGGUGACAAGUGUGUGGGGCAUUCAAAACUCAUAAGAAAUGUGGCAGGCGGAAUUUUUCCCUCGUGGCGGCUCCGCCGAGAAAGCACCCCGGGCACAAGAAUCCCGCCAGCUACGCAGGCUAUUGCUGGGUUGGCUAUUUUACUAGCCGAGAAAUGUUAGUAGCCACGUGACGGUCCGUCCGUUCAAACGUCCGUCCUCACCAGAAGGUAAUCAAUGUGAAAUCCCACAAAAGUAAAAGUAGCCAGUGUGGGAGCCUGCAACCUGAUAUUGCACAUCCCUGCUGUGGUCAGUUGACAGCUGUCAAAAGAGGGUAUCCGCUGACCAGUUUCACAUGACCAUAUCAGGUGUCGACACCGCGGUUAUGCUGACAAGUUAGUAGUUUCAACAGAUCGCAGGCUCAACUCUAAGUGGAUUUGUUGCGAUGGUUACAAGAUUAUUGUUUGAAGUAAAUUAUAAAUUUAUUGCGGGAGCUUCGCUUUUAACCUUGGCUAAUCUAUGUAUUAGUGCAUGCGUGUGGUUGUAUACUCGGAGCCAUUGCAACUUGACAAUGUUUCUGCGAAUUCUUGACAACUUUAUUUGUAUCCGUUUCCGGACGUUCAGAUUGCAGGGACGGCGGGCAAAGAGAUGUGAUCAAGGAAAACAUCGAAGGGGUAGGGUAGAGAUUGAGAGCGAAGGAACGGCUCUCCAUAAUAUCUCCCUUUCCUUCUCCUCCUCCUUAUGCACUUUUCCCGCUCUCUGAAGGUCUGGAACCAGCUAGAUACACAGCAGAACCAACCAAAAUUCAGCAAGUUGUGAAGACUAAGUCGUCCAAUUUCAGAGACGUAGAAAUCAAACCUUUCAAAAGCAUGACUUCCCCUUGCAAAUAUCUUUGAACUUGAUUGGUUCUGUAUUAUAUGGAGUCAGAAGCCCCUUACUCGGAACGAUCAACUCCCGCACUAGGCUUAUGACAAGGCCUUUCCAGACGCCUGUCUAUUCUUAGACCCAUUUUAGAGUACUUUAUCCCGCGAGAACAAGGCCUUUACUCCUUUAAGUGGCUUAUCGCAAAUAUAAACUGCAAAAAAAAAAAAUAAAUAAAAUAAAAACGAAAGGAAAUGUAAGUAAGGUUUGUAACUUUCGCUGACUAGUUUAUGAAAAAAAAUAUCGUCUACGUAAGCGCCAAAAUCGAUCUUAAAAUAAACUGUUCUGGGAAAACGUCGUGACACGUGAAACUUGUCUGGCAAUCAAAUCAUACAUUUCUUUGUAAAUGUUCGAGUUUUUGGACAGACGAAUCUUGUGCAACAUUGAUAUCGGCCCAAUUUACACCAAAAUCAGGGUGUAAUCUCAAGGUGUAAUCUCUCAAUCUCCGUCGCGUGUUCUCUUUCUGUUUAUGUGGGUCUUUUGGCGAUAAUCCCAUAUACAUGGACUCAAACUUAGUCCCUCCCGCGAUAUGAAAGUAGGAAAUGACACUUCACCACCAAACCUCCGCAAUAUAAUAUCAGACAAUGUGGACAUCAAUUGGAUUUAGAGCCACGUGUCCGAAUUACAGAGCGGGAAUCCGUAUUACAGAAGUUAGGAAGAGGUUAGGUUGAGAUGUUUGGGAUCAACAGAACUGUCAGCCAAUACUUUUACCACAGUACCUCGCAUAUGCAGCUAAGGCGAAUGGCAAGUGAGAUAUUGAACUAUGUUGAACCGGGAAAUACUCGCAAUGAUUUCAGUGCCAGACAAAGCAUCCGGUUGUGCAAUCAGUUUGCAUCUUUCAUAAUUUUUUCGCCGAAAAGACACUCUUACUUGUUUGACUCUUUAUAUUGUGUUUCAGGAAUUUGAAUGAUAUUUUAAACGAGACAUUUAUUGAAACUCAAAUAAAACCACAGAAAACUUUGCUAUAAAUAGUUCAAAACUGCAAACAUUUUUGUAACCCUUAAAAACCACGGAAGUGUGUGGUCUAAUUUUAAGCCUUUGCAACAGCCAAUACCCACAAUUUCGUCACGAUAAGGAUCUUCGCAUCUAAAAUUGUCUUUUAAAGCCAAAAAAAUCAUAGAAACUUCAAAAACACUGCCAAAAGAGUGCUGCGUUGUCUGGUCUCAAAGUCAGGGAUGAAUGGUGGACUGGACAAAUAGUCCAGCUAUAGUCGAGGGCUGAGCUAAACUUCAGGAAACUGGGCCAGAUACUAACACGUUACAGAAUAACAACAGCUGUGCUAUUGUGUUAGCUUCCGGUCCGACAUAUAGUAUUUAAAAAAGUGAACGGAUAUUCUGUAGUUUCUGUAAACGAAAAAAUGGAUGAGGAAAGUUCUGAAGGGCAUCUAACUCUAACAAGACCCUACGUUGAUAAUCACGGUGCCGUAAAGCUUGCAGAUUUAUUGUUUGGUCUUCGCAUUUCAGACCUAUCGAAAGUGAAAGAGUUUGUGAGUUAUGAAGACAGAAAUUUCUACUUUAAAGGUGUUCUGCCAAACCAAAAGAACAAACAAGGAAAUUCCACGGAAGAUGAAUUCGUGUUGAAGAUAUUAAACCACGUCGAUUCACAGAACAUUUCAUAUGUUAAUGCGCAAAACGCACUUUUACUUUAUUUGAAAGAACAUGGCUUCGUUUGCCCUAUUCCAAUGAGGUCUUUAAGUGAUAAACUCACAAUGGAAUGCGAGUUGUCCUCUUAUGGUUUAAGUGUCAGUGAGGAAAACGCCAAAAUACAGAAGCUGCCUCGAAGAAUUAAUGCUGUUCGACUUCUGAGCUACGUGCCUGGGAAGCCCCUCAAAGAUGUUCGUUGCACGAAUGAUCUUCUCUUCAAUCUGGGUCGUUACAUAGCGAAGAUGAAUAAAGUUUUGAAGGUACAAAAUUUUUUUGGGCUUGGUUGUUGUUGUUGUUUUUUUUUUUCAAUGAAGGAAAUUUUUACGAACGGAGCAGAUGUGCUGAUGCAGUUGUGUAUGCAGGAGAAUGGUCAAACUUCAGUCCUCUAGAGGAAACAAAACCAAGUUGUUGGCGUAACAGUCAAAAUAAACGCCAAUAUGAAAAGAUCCCCCACUCAUAGAAAGACCCUUAAUGUCCAUCACUUGUAAAAGUUUGUAAUUGUUUGGUGGGGAUUUAGCUGUACAGGUUAAAUAUUUUUGAAAGGUGAGGGACAAAACGAAGCCGUUGAGGGCGUUUGACUUCUUCUGGAAUCUAAAAUCUGUCAGCAGUCUGUAGUGAAUUCUCGGAACUGCUCUGUGAUUUCCUUCCUGCUCGUAAUAUAGCAGUGGGUGGUAUAGCAAGGUGGUCUGCAAUAAAGGACCAAGGGCAGGUUUAGUUCUUAUUGUCGCGUAAUGAUUCUAAAGGAAACGAUCUUUUUUUUUCCCAUUUACGAGGGAAAUGGAAAUGAAAAAUUGAAAAAUUUUCCCUUUGCACCCGCUUCCUAUCAUUCACCUCCCCACCUUCACCUCUGUAAGUAGCACUAAGUAUAGCUCCAUCCUUCUCCUGCUCAGUUCAGAUUAGGAUGGGAGGUUGGGCCUUGAACCUGGCCGACACGUCACUUUGAUUCUGAAUUAGUUGUGAACAGGAUAAUUUCGCUGGGGUCGGGAAUUACAAUACGUAUCAAUACUUCUAGGAACACAUAUGUUUUUUACGCUACAGACAAGAGUGAUUAAAUAUUUUAGUAAUGUAAGGUUGCUGUCUUUACGCAGAAUUUUCAGCAUGCAGGCCUCUGUGAUCUUGUGAAACAAGAAUGGGACUUGGCUCAGUUAAAUGUCCUUGAAAGAUACAUAUCCGUUGCAAGCCAGGAUACUUCAGAAUUUAAUCUCCUUCAACACGUCUACAAGAAGUUUGUCAAUGGAGUAAUCCCAAAGCUUGGUGAUCUAGAUAAACAUGUUAUCCAUGGUGACCUUAAUGAUGAGAACGUACUGGUCGUUCCUACUCAGCGUGGCGAUAGUCAUGAAAUAGCAGGUAUACUUGAUUUUGGGGAAACCUCAGAUUCCUACAGAGUGUUUGAAGUUGCGAUCUGUAUGGCGUACAUCAUUAUGCGCCGAGUCCAACAAAGUGAUACACAUCUGGAAGCAAUCAGAGCUGCAGGUCACGUUUUGAGAGGUUAUCAAAGCGUUUACAGUCUCUCCCACUCGGAACUUGAACUCUUGUAUUUGUCAGUAGCCGCUAGGUUACUUCAGACUUGUGUAAUAGGGAGAUACAAACAGUCUCUUGAACCUGAGAAUUUAUACUUGAGCCAAACUUGUCAAUUAGGAUUAAAAAUCCUUUCUUCUUACAAUGCUUUGUCAGCAGAAGAAACACAUUGGUUGUCAACUUAA